CCGCCCGCCCGUGCUCCGUGCUCACGUCGCCAUGGCUGUCGCCGAGCCCCAGGGGCUCUUCGUCAAGUUCUACGUGGCGACCGUGAGCACGGUGCCGCGCGCGCGCCCGCUGUCGGCGCCCCGCAGCCGCAGCAUGGACCGCGCCGUCGAGGUGGCGGCGCUCGGCCAGCCGGUGGCGCCGCGCCACCGCCGGCCCUCGGACGAGCUGCUGCCCGACGCCAAGAAGGACGCAGCCGCCAGCGGCGCCGGCUCCGGCAAGCGCUGGUCCCUGGGCGGCCUCUUCCGCCGCCGCCGCAAGAAGUCGGACGCCCCGGACACGCCCCCCGACACCAGCUCCGAGGACGAGGACGCGCGCGGCGGCUUCCUUUCGCGUCGGCGCUCUCGCCGCGACUCCAAGCACGGCUCGACGAAGAAAAAGCUAGUCGGCACGUUCGACCACGUCGUCGUCAACCCUCUGGCGCGGCCGCCGCACCCGCCACAGGCGCAGCCGCAGCAGCAGCAGCAGCAGCACAAACUGGACCAGCGGCAGCAGGACGAGCAGCACGAGCGCGAAAACGAGAUAGAGCUGCAGCAGCAAGUGCCGGCCGUGUCUCCUUCGCUGACGCCGCAAGACGUUAACGGCAACGCGUCCCCGCGUCUCGGCGACUCCCUGUCGUCGCGGUCCUCGAGCAAAGACUGGCAGCCGCCACAGCAGCAGCAAACGCAGCAGCACCACAGGCAGGAGUCUAGUGGGUCGGGCUCCGUGGAAGGAGGCGGCGGCGGAGGAGGAGGUGGAGGUGGAGGUGGUGGAGGAGGAGGAGGAGGAGGGGGAGCAGGGGCAGGAGGAACGGCGACUACCACGCGCCGCGGCCGGCGCGACCUAGUGAAAGCGCGGGUGGAGGCGAGCAGACUUCGCGCGUCCGCUGCCGACUCCAGCUCGGACGAGGCCGGCCCGGAGCUGCAGCAGCAGCGGCCGCCGCGCUCCAGUGACGACAGCCUGUCCCUGAGCAAGCGGUCGCGCAGCGCGCGCACCGAGCGCUACAUCCGCCGGCUGGAGGCGGGCCGCUGGCAGCAGCACCAGCUGGAGUCGCCGGCCGUUUCCGCGACGCCCAGCCCCGCGCACAGCCCGUUGGUGCGGCCCAAGCUGCUCAAACCCGUGACGCCGCCCGCCGACGCGGCGACCUUCCCGCCGAGUGGCGCACUGUCCGGCGGUGGCAUCAAGGCGUCGCUGCUGCUGCCGCCGGGACGCGGCCCGGUCGGCGGUUCGGCCAGGGUGCUGCGCGGACCUUCGCCCGUCCGCACGUCUGCUGAGUCGUUGCUGCUCGCCCAGCACCACUCCGCGGCCGGCGGCACUUCCAGGCCGGCGUGGCACCACGCCGUGCAGACCGGCAGUCACGACAACAUCUACGGCCGCGCCGCCGCCUACCACCAGCAGCCGCAGGCGCAGCAGCGCAGUCAGUCCUUCGACAGCAACAUCCACCGAGCGACGGCACCGUCGCACGGUCACCAGUUGACUACGCAGCUGAGCGCGCCGACUACGGUGACGGGUGCCGACGACGUUAUGAUCGUUCAGUUUCCCAUCGCGAGACCUACCGGACUGUUACCCGCGCGCUCCAGUUCCGUCGGAAACCAUCACCACCACCCCGGACACCAUCACCAGCAGCAGCACCAACACCAGCACGCCGGACAGUCGUCUGCUUUCCCGACACUCAAACAGGGGCCGCCACCUCCACCUCCUCGCGAUCCGCAGAGGAAACUGCCGACCGGGCCGAGCGGGCAGCCGGACGUGCCGCGGCCUAUGUCCUACGCGUUUGAGAGUGGGACGGACUACGCGCCGCACGAGAGAUUCAGACAGUACUUCCAACCGGCCCAACACGGCUCCAAUUUGCAAUCUUUAGGCACUGUGUGGGUGGGCGGUGGUGGCUACCAGAGAAGGUCCGGCUCUGACAACCAAAUUGCAGUCUCGUAUCCACCGCCACAGCAGCAGAGGUUGCAGAGCUUUACUCCUACACCGACGUCGAGACCGCGGCCCAACUCUGUGACGCCGGACGGCAACGGAGGUCCCGGAGUACUGAGACCUUUGCCGUCUCCUCAGAAUGUCGGCCACAGAAUGGUACCUCGCACACCCACAGAACAGUGCACUGCCACCUCGAGACAUGUAGCACCUCAGCAGUCUCACCAACAAGUACAGUACUUUGCCGACCAGUACCCAAGGAGUCGCAGGCCUAUUCACGUACAGUACAAUGGCUCGAGUGGCAGUUACGAACAACCGUACCUCAGUGAUUCUCAGGUUGUUACGAUGCCCACCAGUAAGCAGCAGCUGUCCGAACCUCGUCGUCAUCCCGCUAUUGUCAAUGCGACAGACUUCUGGCGCCAGAAGGAGCAAGAGGCAGCUACUGGAAGACAACGGAAACAGGCAUCUGCUUCCGCCAAACCACCUUUGCAACAUUCGGCUUCAUCGUCUGCUGCCAGGAGUGACCGGUCCAGGUCAAAUAGCCCACAUCACAGGGAGAGGACGACGCCGGACAAGUCUUUCAAGCUCAGAGUGCCAAGUGCAUCGUUCCCUUCACGCAGCACGGAGUCAGUCAGUUCCCUCAGUGGCCAGUCAGAUCUCGCCAGUCCCGUGCAGCCAGCCAAGAUUUUCAGCAAUGGUCCAGUUAAAGACAGUUUGGAAAGUCCCAAUGGGGCAGAUGGGCAGAAGAAGAAGGAUACAUCCCCAUCAAACAACUUUCGGCCCCUGUCCAUGGUGCUGGAAAACAUCGAGAAUCAAGACCGCAGUGGGUCAUCUCAAGGUAGAGAUGCCACUGUACAGAAAAAUCAGACGAAACCUAAUCCUCCUGCUCCACCACAGAGACGUUUCUCGAGACAGAGUUCCACAUCGAGUAUUGAAGCUUCAGAAUGGAUGGGCCCUGAAGAUGCCCAGGACACGAAUUCACAGAAAAAGAGGAGAUCGACCAAUCUGGAGGACGCCCUUUCGGAACUGGAGGCUAUCUACAACAGUCUGCGCCUGGGAGACGACGACCUGCUAGACCGCGCAGAGAGGCGUGAUGCCGCUGUGGCACGUCAGCAGCAGCUGCAACGACAGCAGCGAUGCCAACAGAACGGCGAUGCACCCGUGUCCGUGGCCACACCGUGGGGUCGUGGAGCAGAAUCAGACUCCGGUUACAAUUACGGCCACGACUCCGCGUACGGGGACAACGAGUUCGGUGGCGGCAGGCAGCGGCGGAGAGCACCAGGGUCCCGCAAGUCCGGUGUGCCCGACAUCGUGACGGACGACAUGGCGUACCGCCGGCUGAACCCCAAGGAACAGCGCAGCAGCGCCACUGCAUCCCCGCAAGACUUCAGCAGCUACAUUCAAGCCACUCCAGCUCUGGCCGGGCUGACAGACCUCCCUCCUGCCGGCGGACGCCCAGACACGACACUGGACGACGUCGUCUUCCGCAACAUACGCCACACCAACAACACUCUGCGUGUCGUCGAACCGCAGCCACCGUUCGGCAUACCGCUGGGACCCGUAACACCGGCUCCGAACAGUGACUACUUACACGCUACACCUUCCGAGAAUGCUCCACCUACUGGCUAUAGACCUGCUUCUAAAUCCAAGAAGAUACCUGACGUGGUCAAAGACGACCUCGCUUAUCGAAAUUUGAGGAAGGAUUCGCACAAGGAUGCUGCAGGGCUCCCAUCGAAUGAUACGAAAAACGAGAAGAAAAAGCGUGCCGUCAGAUCUCUCUCUGCUAACCUUAUGGGGUUGGUGAACAGAGACACACUGCUCCGCGUACCUUCGGCUCCAAACGAUCGAGAUUUCGAGAAGGCGCAGAGUCUCUCCGACCUGUCGGACCCACUGCAAUCGGCCGAAAAAUCUGCCGAGGGUAGAAACCACGCAGUGGUCGGAGGCUCUAAAAUGCGGAAUGCCGCUUCGCCAGUGAAUAAGCAGCAGAGUGAUCCCGGUAGCGACGGCAGACGGAACAGCCUCUCAGCGCAGCAGUGUGACCACCACGACCGCCACCACCGCCACCACCAACGUUACAACUCAGCGAGCUGGGUGGAGCGCGCAAUGCUCGACGUUACUCCCACGGCCGCAGGUGCGAGUACCAGCACCGAGACACUGACGGACAGCCGGGUGAACCUGGAAGACGCGGCAGCGAGACGGCGCAGCUGGCAACAGCGUCUCAGGGUAUUCGUGCCCGCGAGCGGCAGUGCCGAACAGUCGGCGAAACAGAGCCCGUCUCCGCAAGAUAUUAGUGGCGCGAGGCUCGCGUUCGGCAAGCCACCUCCGUACACGCCACCGCCCCCGGCGACCGAGGGGAAACGCCACGCCGGAGCCCCGGUCGACGAGAACAACCUGGAGGACCUGCUGAGCGCACUGGCGCACGAGGCGCGGGCGACGAGUGAGAAGUUGGACCGCGAGCUGAAGCAGCUGGGCGACUCCGCUACCAACCUGAAGCUGGCGGCGCCACCGCCUCUGCAGUCGCCCAAAGCGGUGGCGAGCCUCGCCGUCAAGGAGAGACGGUCGACUCCGGCGCAGUCCGGCAGCUCGCAGAGGUCUCCCUCGGGCGGGCUCGACGAGAGUGCCGGGGUCGGUUCCACUCCGGCAGACCACAGCCUGCUGCACAACAUCCUAUCGCGACACGAAGCCGAAGAGCACCGCGGGAGCCGAGGCGCCGAGCACGCGACGGAGACGGCGACGGUGGAGCUGCGGCUGCCGCCCGAGGAGAGCUGCGAAAUCCGCAACCUGUCGUGCGACGGCAGCGUGCUCAUCUCGGAGAUCGUCCGUCAGGGGCGGCGGCGGCGCAGCGGCGAGAAGGACGACAGCGACGACGACGAAGACAGCGGUCGGGACCAGCUGGUGCCGGACGUGGCGGGGGCGGGCGCCAGCGACGAGGAGGCAGACCUGGAGGUGGCGCGUGCCACGGCGGCGGCCGAGGCAGCUCAGAGCACCAAACAUACUGCAACCUAUUCCGAGGAAUACGAACAAGGGACAGCUGUCGGGCCAUGGAGACUGGGCGAGUUCUUGGGGCCAGCAGCCUCACCUCACAUAGCCGCCGCCCACCCAAAAACGCUGACGUCCAGUAAGAUGACGCAGCGGCCGUCCCCGGAAGCGGCGGUGGCGGCGGCAGCAGCAGCCUCUGCCCCCGACUCGGCGUCUGCGGAGCGCGUGGCGCGCUACAAGGAGGAGCGCCGGAGGCAGCUGGGGGCGGCGCCCACCGCCGGGCCCGGCCCGCCCCCGCAGCGCCGCUUCAUCUCGCGCGCCGCCUCCGCGACUGCCGCCUCCGCCGCCUCCGCCUCCGCCGCCUCCGCCUCCUCGGGCGACGCCCAGACGGCCGCCGCCCCUCGAGUCCGCACGACGCGUACCUCCCGCCUCCGCUCCGCGGCCACCGCCUCUAGCGACUCCAGCCCCAACGCAGACACGCCGCUGGACGGCAGCUGCGGGAACGGAGCGGCUGCUGCGGCCUUGGCUGGAGCGGCAGCUCGGACUCGCCGUCUGGGGGCGGCGGCGGCGGCGGCGGCGGCGGUGACGGGGGCGGCAGUGGGGGCAGGGUCGACCCUACCGUCCAGGAGGUCAUCCGCCGCCAACGGCACCACUGCUGAGAAGCAGAUCCAGAGCGCGCAGUCGGACUCUGGGCCUCGCCGCGAGAAGGACAAGAGCGCCAAGCGCAAGUCCAACCUGAACCGCUGCCUCACCGUAGAGGCCGUCGCGCCAGCCGUCCAUUCAGACGAAAGCAGCGGCGGUGGCAGCGUGCGUCGCCGGCGACGGCCGGUGAACGGCGCCGGGUCCGCCCCCGACCCCGCCCCUGCUUCCGCCGCCUCCUCCGCCCACGAACCGUCGACGGCUGCCUCCAGGUCCAGGAAGUCGUUCGACGGCAGCUUGGAACCUGGCAGGAGCGCUGUCCACGCCGACACCGUCACCCUCUCAGCCUCUCCUGUUGGUGGUUCACCUCGUCAGCAACAGCAACACUCAAGACUGAAUGGCACUGCUUCAAAUGUAGUGCCUGUCUCAACUGUUAGAAGCACAGCAUCACCCAACUUUACAUCAAGGACUACAUCCCCUCGGACAUCAGCUACCGGAUUUGUACCUGUUGUAAACACAAGAAAACCUAGCUCCCCGUUGGUCACACCUUCAAAAUCGAGGCUGACAGAGUCGAGAUAUUUGUCAAAAAAACCGGAUAUAAAAAGUGUGGAUACCUCCCAGAAAGUUGAUAUACUGACAGCACUCACAAAAGAGUCCUUAGCAAGAUUAGAUAGGCUUACCAAUACUUCUGUGAGUGAUGAACAUACGUCUCGAUUGACUGGAGAAUCCCAUCUUAUUCGUUCGAACACAUCUUCUACCCUCAGUAAUGGCCAUGUGCAGGACCAUGCAGAACAUAGCCUGAAAAAAUGUGCAUCUGCAGUGGUUUCAGUUGACUCCACUUCAUCAUUUCCCUGUGAAGAUGACACUGAACUUACAGUAGAAAUUCACGAAAGGAGUAAAUCACCAACAAAGCCAGCAUCUUCCAUUUUGAAGAAGAAGUCAUUGGAGGAACCGCUAGGCACAGUUCAUUCUGUUCCUGCUGUAACAGCACAGCCUGUGUCAAUACUUAAGCGAAAAACCUCACAAGAUGAGGCAGGCUCAAGUGCAAGUACCACACCAGCACCACCGGUAACUUUCUCCCCAUCUGUAGAAGACCAUGUUCGUAACUCUAGAAGACAAGGUAUACUCAAAAAACGUGCAAGCCUCGAUGAAUCAGAAGUCAUGAGGCGUCGAAGUUGCUCACCCGAUGUCAAUCAUAGUUGGGCUAGAGAUUCUUACGAAUUCAGACCCAUCUUGAAGAACCAGAGAAGAUCAUCGAUGGAGGAACUAGUGAGGCGAACUCAGUCUCCAGAAUUACAUCCUCAUUCAAUUUUAAAAAGGAAGACUAGCCGUGAUGAUGACACGGAAGAAAGAACUAUCACUUCCCCAGAACCACAAGGGAUUUUGAAACGCAAAUCCAAUGUUAGCAGUAGCAGUAGCAGUGGAAGUGGUUCACCUCAUGUUUCAAUUUCACAGACAGUUAUCAUGAAUGUUGCUGGAAUAUCUGGCACAGAAUUUGGAGCUGAUGCUUCUGAAGUUGUACGGCCUAUACUUAAGAAGAAGAGCAGCUCAGAGGACACAACUACAGCAGACUCUUCCUCUGCAGACACCCCUAAACCCAUUUUGAAGAAGAAAACAAGCAUGGAUGUCGACGAUUCUGAAGACAGGCCAAAAAAACCUAUAUUGAAGUCUUCACGGAGAUCUUCCCAGGAAGGCAGAGGUAGUGUAAGUUUGGAUGGCACACCAAGGGAAUCACCUACCAGAUGUUUGAAAUUACGCAGCCAUAGUGCUACUGCUUCUGAUUCCACAUCUGGAUCAGAUGGGGAAGCUGUUAGACCCAUACUGAAGCAAGCGAACAGCAGAGAAAGGUCCUCUUCUCCCCGUCCGAGAUUGUCAUUUUGUGAUGAUGAAGAUGAGGAUAGGCUGAUAGGACGGAGCACUGCUUCAUCUGGUAGUGAUACUACAAGGCCUGUCAGUCCAGUUGGUGAAGGUGCUGUUCUAAGACGAAAUCGUGUGUUAUGUAGCCCUGUUUCACUUGAGAGUGAGCGUGAUAAUGUUGUCCCCAAAAGACGUUCCUGGGAGCUGAGUUCUUGUGUAGAUGCUACUGACAAUGCACAGUUGAUGAAUCAGCCAAAUUCUGAUGAGCCAAGAAGUUUAUCAGUUGCUGAAAGGAUAGUAAACAUGGAAAGUCUUCUAAGUCAGCCUGUCAGAAGCAGCUCAACAGCUGCAAUUAAAACUGGAGCUGUGCCAAAGAGGCAAGGCCUUGGGAGGAGCCUCCGUGACAAGGAGCGAUUUCACACUCAACCUGUUACCAUGGAUGAAUUGGAAGCUUCUGCAUUGUUGGCAUCUGCCCAUGAUUUCCACAGAAGUCUGGCAGGAAGGAGUCCAUCAUCCAGACCAAAUGAGUUAGUACAGGUAAAUGGGGAUAAAGUGAGCAGCAGUACAGAUGAAAGCCCAAGUGCAGAUACAUCUGUACCUGACUCUCUAGAUGACACUCUUGCAAGUACCCCUUCUCCAGCUACCGAAAGUGACAAGCAUUUACAACAUACUCUCUCACCUUCACCCACUAUGGAAGGAAGACAGAAUAGUAAAGUAGCAGAGGAAAAUGAAGAAAAGAUGAGCAGCGAAGGAGCUUCUCUGACAAAAAGCUGCAGUGUGUCUGCCAUGGCAUCGUUGUUUGCAAGAAAGCAGGAGGAUGCGAGCCGUGCUGGGAAUUCGGGAGUAUCUCGGUACAGAGAAAGACGGCGCUUGUGGGCUGGAGAAUCACGUGUCGCAACACAGCCUGUUACACAAGUGGAGGUUGAGGAAGCAGUACGUCUUAACAGUCAACAGUCUGCACAGUCUGAUGUUCCGGCAGUAUCUUCCUCAGCUGCUGACGAUGGUAAUGAGGACGAUCCAUCUAAGUUAAGUCUGAGUGAGCGUAUCCGACUAUUCAAUCAGAAGAUAAAGGAUGAGCAAACAGUGAAGCAACCUGAAUUGGGCCCACGUGUUACUGUUAAACGCACAGCCCGCUUCAAGACGCAGCCUGUCACCAAUGAGGAAGUGGAAAUUGCUCAGAAGAAGAUUUCUAACCUUGCUGCCAGCUUUGCAAAACCACCAGAUCCAGAUACAUUAGGAGGUUUAUCCAUUCGAGCUGCUCGAGAGAAGAUUUAUGAACAUGCUGCAAAUAUCUUAACAAAAUCAAGUUCUGCAUCUCGCCUUGGACAGCACCCUACAUCUAGCAGAGAUGUCUCACCCACAAGACCUCAGCUUGGUUUUCCAGAGAGUGAAACAAAACCAAGAGGAAUUUUGAAGCAUUCUGAUUCACAAAAGGCAGAGGCUGUAUCCAGUGAAGAAGUAACUGAACAAGAGUCUGAAAAUGAAGUGAAGGGGAUCUUGAAAAGCUCAUCUGUCAGUGGCAGAAUAGUUAAAACACCAGAACCAGAUAGUUCCAGACAUCUGAAGAGUGUUUUAAAGAAAGAUACAAGCACUGAAGAACGACCAUCCUUUUCUAGCACAGAGAAUCUCUCUAUGACUGGAGAUUAUCCAAAAUCGAUACUAAAGCCAAAUCCUAAGGAAUGGGUUGACGAGAGCUCUUCUUCAUCAGAGGAUAGUGGGGCAGCGUCAGAUUCGGAUUAUGAAAGACCCACAGUUACCAGUUGUAAGAGAGGUAUGGAUCUAAUUAGUAUCCUCCAUGAUGUAGAGGCCCAGGCACGACAACAGAGACAGCAAGCAAGUAGGCCAAACACUGGAGAAAAGAUUAAAAAUAUCAAGAACCUGUCACAGGAAAAAGAGAACCAAGUUUUCACAUGUGAGCAGAUUAGUGAUUCUCAGAAGAAAGAGAACAGCCAAAAAGCUAUUGUGGAUCAACAGUAUUUAAACCAGAAAUUAGUCUCCAGCACAACUGUUGAAGAGAAUAGCAGAUCUAAUGCGAUGAAGCAAAUAAACACAAAUAAUGUGAAUAGAAAGCAGGUCACCACAGAGGUGAACAGGGUGCACAAGCACUUACACAGUGAACAUCGUUUGUCCCUAGACUUAAAUACUUCUCAGACAUCGGAUGGAGAGACAUCAUCAUCUGGAGGCCGUGAAGUGAAGCGUAUCAUACGGAAUGAGGCUGUUGCACGUCGGCGCCAAAUUGCUAUCAUCAGGCAGAACAGGUCGGGCUCGUCGAGCCAGCAGGCCGGGGAGCAGCUGCCGCCCGCGGGCCCGGCGCUGGCCAAGAGCCGCAGCCAGCCGUGCGUCCAGCAGGCGCCGGCCACGCCGCCCACCGCCACAGCCGCCCCCGCCGGCCUGCAGCGCAGCAGCACGCAGCCCAUGGCCGCCGACCUGCAUCACUUGUCCGGCGCCUCCAUCGCCGACAGGUUAGCUGCACUUCAGAAGAGUGGUGAUACCCAAUGGAGAAAACGAAUUUCCCAUUUGAAUCCAGAGGAUGAGAUAACGAUAAUUGCAACAAAGAAUCAGAUCAAUGAGCUGCAAGCACACCACCGUCAUCCUGAUGGGGAUACGGGCUCAGCCACUGCAAGCCCCGGAAGCAUUCUGGCUGAUCGUCUGGGCAAGCUGGAUGCUGCAACUCAGGGCUGGCGCAAAAGAGUUGGCCCUACUGAUGCAGACUGCUUCUCUGUCGCGGGCCGCAUGCGAAUGCGUGGUGGUGCUGGAGAAGCGAUUCACAGUCUGCCCCUCCACCCUAGCCUACCACCACAAUUACAAGGUGGCUCUCCCUCCGAGAAGGCUGCGCGGCGGGUGCCACGUGCUCUGCGCUUCCGCAGUAAAGCUGCACAGGUUAAGAAUGCUUCUUCGACCCCAACUUCACCGCAGAAGGAAUCACCAGUUAAUCUUUCUUUCAAGAGAAGUUUGUCAGCACCAGGAGGCGAUGAUGAGAAUGGCUUGUCAUUGUCAGGUAGAGAAGAUGAACCAACAGGACCUACAGUUGCAGUGCCUCGAGCUGAUGAUGAGACUUUCUUGCAGUUUUUCCGUAGUGUGAGUACGGAAAAACUGCAAAGUGAUAGGCUGGAAAUAAGAGAUGAAGAUCUCAAUGAAAUCAUUGCUGAUUCUACUCAGUUACUGGUGCAGAAGAAGUCGGUGAAAGUACAAAGGCGCAACAUUACUUCCCGAAACCCUCUCAAGGUUCUGGCUGCAAGAACUGAUCUGCAGGAAGAAUAUGUUGAGGUGAAGACAGGAAUAGCAGAGAAAGAAAUAAGAAGGCUCAACGUGGAGAAACUGGCUAAGAGCUCACCUUUAGCAGUGGAGGCUCUAGCAGGUCUUGCAAGUAAAGAAGACUUCACAGCAGUUGCUCUGAAGAAAGCAUCAAGCUCAGUUGGUUCUUUGCUUCCCUACAAGGAUCUGAUGUUGAUCCAUGUGAAAGGACGUAGGCAUGUACAAUCUCGUCUUGUGGAACCUACUGUGGCAUCUGUUAACCAUGGAGAUAAUUAUGUACUUGUCACACCAACUGAGGUUUUUAAUUGGGUUGGCCUAUACUCAAAUGUCAUUGAGCGAUCCAGAGGAGCUGAGAUAGCACAGUAUAUUGUGCAGAAGAAAGAUCUUGGGUAUACAGGUUCAGGACAGGUAACCACUAUCACUGAAGAGAAAAUAACUUGCUCAACCUCCCAGAAGAAGCGUUUUUGGCAACUGCUUGGGGCUCAAGAAGAUAUUGGGGAAGGUACUCCAGCUUAUGCUGGGCAUCCAGAUGAAGAUGAACUUUAUGAAAACUGUAUCCUGGCUACUAACAAAGUUUAUGAGCUUCAAGAGCAUGAACUGGUUCCCAUGGAAGAAUAUUGGGGUAGUAUACCACGCAUUCAGAUGCUGGAUCCAUCAAAAAUUAUAGUUUUUGACUUUGGCUCUGAAAUGUAUAUUUGGAAUGGAAAGAAUGCAUCUCUGGAUACUCGUCGAGAGGCAAUCCAUUUGGCACGGGAGCUGUGGUCCGAGGGUUAUGAUUAUACAGGAUGUGAUGUUUGCCCCUUGACCAUAAGUGCUGCUCUUGGCUCACACAUAGAGCAAAAUGUGAGCACUCCAGUAUCUGGUCCGGAACGACCCAGUUGGGCCUUGCUUGGAAAGGUUACACAGCACAUGGAGACCAUACUUUUCCGAGAAAAAUUCCUUGACUGGCCUGAUUUUUCUCGUGUCAUACGCUCGAAGGUCACAGAUGAUAUAGAUAAGCAGUUUGAUGCAACCAUUGACGUCAAACCCUGUGAUGCUAAAAUGAUGACAGAAUCAAAACAAAGUGAACCUGAUCUUGAACUUGAAGGCUUGCACCUAGGUCGUGGCUGUAAUUACUUUGAUCAGGAGAUGCGCCGACACUAUGAAAUUACAACACUUGGAGUGACAGUGUGGCAUAUACAGGAAUAUGAGCACUCAGAGUUGCCCCGGUCAUCACUUGGUCAAUUUCACAUGGGUGACAGUUAUGUCAUUAGAUGGCAGUAUUCCAUUACAGUAACAGGAAGAGAGCUCAGUGGCCAGCCCUCUCGUCACUCAGUUGCUGGCAGAGAUAGGUGUGCUUAUUUCUGUUGGCAAGGGCAAGAUGCAUCACUGAAUGAACAGGGUGCUGCUGCUCUUCUAACUGUGGAGCUAGAUCAUGAACGUGGUCCACAAGUUCGUGUGGUACAAGGCUAUGAACCACCUGCAUUCCUGGCACUUUUCCAAGGCAGCAUGGUCACUCACAUUGGAAGAAGAGGAGAUACGGAUUUUCAAGGCCCUUGGCGCCUAUUUGUAUGUCGAGGGGAACUUGCACAGGAGGCAGUGCUAGUGGAAGUGAUUUGCAGUAUUCGUCAGUUGAGAAAUCGUGGCUGCUUUGUUUUGCUGAACACCUCUACUGGUGCCAUACAUGUUUGGUAUGGCAAGAAAUCCCCACCUCAUGCUAGAAAGGUAGCAAAAUCAGCAGCUGAAAGGAUUCAGGACAGAAGACCACCAGAAAUUGGUUUCAAAGCCAGUGCAAACGUAGUUAUUUAUGAACAACAAGAGGGUGCUGAGAACAAGGAAUUCUUCAAAGGUCUGGGUGGCAGCAGUCGUCAGUUGUAUACAUCAGUUCAGGCAGAUGGCACACCUCGACUUUUCCAUUUGAGCAGUAUUUCUGGCUUCUUCUCUGCUACUGAGAUACUGAGUCCAUAUAGACAUCCAGACUUUCCUGUGGCCUUUCCAUUCCUGCAAGAUGAUUUGUACAGUGCCAGUCAACCAGCACUGUUCCUGCUUGAUAGUGGGAGCGAGCUUUGGUUGUGGCAGGGUUGGUGGCCAGACACAACAGAAGAUCCUAGUACACAAACAGGAUCUGGUGCUGUGCGAUGGCAGGCAGAGCGACGUGCUGCAAUGCAGACUGCACUUGACUAUGCUCAUCACAUGGGCAGGAGAAAAGCUUCUGCGUGGCUUGUGUGGGCUGGCCUUGAACCACUUGAAUUUGCUAAUCUGUUUCCUGUGUGGACUGAUAGGGAUGAUAUAGCAGAACUUAACAUAAGGGAUGGAAGGAAACCUGGAGAAGUACUUACAGUGGAAGAUGAGCUAGCAAGACUGACAUGCUCAACCUAUCCCCCUGCUCAGCUGCUGCAGAGGCCACUACCUGAUGGCGUGGAUCCCACCUGCCUUGAAAUGUAUCUCGACCCUACUCAUUUCCAGGAACUUCUUGGUAUGUCAAAAGAAGAAUUCUCUUCCCUUCCUUUAUGGAAACAGACAAAACUGAAGAAGGAUGUUGGAUUAUUUUAGGGGACACCUUUGUUCUUCCAUAUCAGUGUUGAAUUUGGACAGUGCAAGAUUGUGAUAAAUGUGAAUUCAGGUGUACUUCACAUGAAGAGUAUACUGAAUAUGUAUGAAGAUUAGUUUUGUGUUUGUGUACUGUAAUUUUACUGCUGUGAUUGGCUGUGUGAUGUGUUCACAGUUUGUUCCUACUAUGUUGCGGAUAAUGCUUAAGUGUUUUCAAUCAAUAGAGGUAGGAAACACAUAAGUGCUGUGCUACAUUGCUGUGGAGUUACACUAAUGUGAUCCUGUGCCUUUCAAAAAAAUGUGAUGUUUGAAACUGCAAAAUUUCGUAAGUCAGGUAUGCGUUUCUCAGACCUACUGAAGCUUCUAGUCCAAAUGCAAGUUGCAGUUUACAUAACAUAAAGCAACACCUUAAAUAGUUUCCUUGGUUUGCCAAUGUUGCCUUAAAAUUUGUCUGUUCUACAAAUUUUUCUGUGAUCUAUAUUGCUGAUAAGAAAACUUUCCUCAUCUUCUGUGUUCCAAAAUAAGGCACACGUUUCCAGUGGUUUGAGUAAUAGCUGAAUUGCAGUGCAUGUCUGUUUCAGUUUUAAAGUGUGAGAUAAUUUAUAUUAAUGAUCAGAAAAAUGAAUUCAUUCUAACCUAACAGACUGAAACUAUUGUCCCCUGUUGUUUUGUAGAUGCUAACAUUGGUUUUAACACAUCAUAAUGCAGCAUCUGCUACAACAAACAGUUGCAGUAUUCUUUCCCCAUCUCAAAUUACAAAUAAUCAUCAUGUUUUAUAUAUGUUCUUAAUACCCUCAAUCCUCGAGUUUUGGUUAAUGUGAAAUAUUGCUAUUAUUAUGCAUUCCUCACCAGUUUCUAUUAACAGAUGUUAUACGAAAAGUUGUGUGUUUUCUGUUACCUAUAUUUUGUUGAAUUUCUUAUAAAUAUAUGUACAUUAAAUUAUUUAUCAUUUCAACUAUCAGAUUAAGCCACUGUCUUGUAAAAAAAGAAAAACACACACACACACACACACACACACACACACACACACACACACUUCUUUAUGAGAAGCUUGAUUUUUGUACAGUUGUGACUUGCUUUGUGCGUAAAUGAAAUGUAAAUUUUGACUGAUUUACUUAUAUAAAAAUAUAUAUUUAAAAUACUUUUUGUACAUAACAUUUUAUUUAUAAACUAAUAUAAUGUAAAUUAAAGUUAUUACUUCUGA